AUGUCUACCAUCGAGCAGCAUACUCAAGAUGCAGCGCUACAGGAACUGUUAAAUCCUUUUGACGCCAGUCAAAUAUCGGAUGGUAUUGAGGGUUCGAGUCAUGACAAUCGUCCACCUAUCCCUGGCCCGGCCUGCGAAAUCUUCAAGUUCGUGGACGAAAUAAUCGUACCCUCAACACCACCAAAAACUCACCCCUAUCUUCUCGUCAACAUCGGCUCGGGAGUAUCCUUUUUCCAAGUCUCGGAGAACAGCCAAUGUCGGCGCAUCUCGGGCUCAUCUUUCGGCGGUUCGGCCCUUUGCGGCCUUUUGCUUCUUCUCACUAGAGCCCGCACCUAUGAAGACAUGCUGGAACAAGCAGAGAAAGGAAACAACGCCAAUGUCGAUAAACUCAUUGGCGAUAUCUACGGAAUGGAUUACAACAGAAUCGGAAUGAAAAUGACGGCUGUUGCAUCGACCUUUUGUAAAGCCUUCAGCUUGGAACACCGCCCAGAGGCCGAGGAGCAAGACCCGUCAAACCCCACGCAAGACAUCAAAUCCUUCUCUGAUGCCGACAUCUGUCAUUCUCUGGUAUUCGCAGUUUUCAACAAUAUUGGCCAACUGGCAACACUGCAUAGCCGUAUCCACAACAACCCGGAUAUUUACUUCACUGGCCCUUACAUCCAGAACUGCCCCUUGAUUAUCAGAACACUGUGCAUUGCUGUCCGUUACUACUCCCAAGGGGAAAAGAUGGCGCAUGUGGUAGUUACCACGGAAACUGCCGAUGCCAGUAUCUGA